AUGGCCGGGUCCAUCGCGGCCGCGGCCUUCUUCCCGGGGCCGCCGGGGCCGCCGCCGCCGCCCAAGAGCGCCCUGGGCGAGCGUCCGGACAGCCUGGACGUCCGCGGCAUCGCCGCGAGGCAGGCCUCGUCGUCCUCCGCCGUGAGGGCCGCCAGGACGCGCGCCCACGCGGCCGUCCCCAAGGUGAACGGCGGCGGCAAGUCGGCGCUGGCGGACGCGGAGCACGACGCCAUGCCCUCGGCGGCGCAGCCGAGGACGUUCUACAACCAGCUGCCCGACUGGAGCAUGCUCCUCGCGGCCAUCACCACCAUCUUCCUGGCCGCCGAGAAGCAGUGGACGCUGCUCGACUGGAAGCCCAAGCGGCCCGACAUGCUCGUCGACACGCUGGGCUUCGGCACCAUCGUACACGACGGCGUCAUGUUCAGGCAGAACUUCUCCAUCAGGUCCUACGAGAUUGGGGCUGACCGGACGGCGUCCAUUGAGACGCUCAUGAACCAUCUGCAGGAAACUGCACUCAAUCAUGUGAAGGUCGUUGGGCUGCUAGGAGAUGGCUUCGGUUCGACGCCGGAGAUGAGUAAACGGAACUUGUUCUGGGUUGUCAGCCAAAUGCAGGCCAUCGUCGAGCGUUAUCCAUGCUGGGGUGAUACUGUUGAGGUGAACACCUGGGUUGGCCAUCAUGGUAAAAACGGGAUGCGUCGGGACUGGCAUAUACGUGAUUCUGUGACGGGCCUUACAGUACUGAAGGCGACAAGUAAAUGGGUUAUGAUGAACAAGGUUACUAGAAGGCUUGCAAGAAUUCCAGAUGAAGUACGGACUGAAAUAGAGCCGUUCUUUUCUGAGUAUGCUGCUAUUGAUGACCAAGACAACCGAAAAUUUCCAAUACUGCCGGAGCAUGACCGUGCUACCUCAGCCAAAUAUGUCCGGACAGGCCUGACUCCACGGUGGGCUGAUCUUGAUAUCAAUCAGCAUGUCAAUAAUGUUAAAUACAUUGGCUGGAUCCUUGAGAGCGCGCCAAUCUCCAUCCUGGAGAACCAUGAACUGGCGAGCAUAGUCCUGGACUACAAACGGGAGUGCGGCCGGAACAGCGUCCUGGAGUCGCACACCACGGUGCACACCGACUGCGCCGACGAGUCCGGAGAAACAACUCUGCACUGCGAGCAUCUGCUGAGCCUGGAGUCAGGACCGACCAUCGUGAAGGCCCGGACCAUGUGGCGGCCAAAGGGGGCCAAGUCCCAGGAAACGGCGGCUCUGUCGUGGUGA